AUGGCGGGGAUUCCGCCGCUCCUGCCGUUCUCAGCAGCGGCUUCUGUUGCGUCAUCGUCGACGCUAGCAGGGGUCGCCAGGACAGGGUCGCCCAGCGGCGUGGCGUGCGGGCAGCCGCUGGCGGAGGAAUUGGACUCGUCGGCUUUUGCUCCCGCUGCACAUGUCACUUUUGAACAGCCGUCAGGGCAGCUGGAGGAGACGCAGAGGGUAUUGGAGGAGGCUGAGAGGAGCAGGGCAGCAGAGUUGGUACAAGUGAAAGGGGAGCUGCUUUCAGUGCGAGGAGAGCUGGUGAGAGUAAGGGGGGAGUUGCUAACAACAAGGAAUGAGCUGGUGACUAUUAAAGGGGAGUUGGACUCAUUGAAGGGGACUUUGUUAAAAACGAAAAUGGAUUUGGCUGAACAGAAGGAGUGCUUGCAGAAGGUGGAGAGGGAGAAGUUGGCUUCAGAGGAGGAGGAGAAGGAGCUGGGGAAUAAGAGCAGUUCUGAUGCUGUAGCAGCUAUGGCAUCCCUAGCACCAAAGCAUGUGGAGUUUGACGUGGAAGAGGAGCUCAGGAUGCGCCAAGGGGCUUAUAGAACUGUUUGGCAGUGGGGCGCGCUGGCGCGCUUGGCAGCGGGGCGCGCUGGCGCGCUGGGCUGCGGAGCGUGCUGGCGCGCUAGGCUGCGGGCCGCGCUGGCGCGCUGGGCUGCGGGGCUCGCUGGCGCGCUGGCGCGCUGGGCUGCGGGGCGCGCUGGGGCAGGAGCUGCUCGCGGGCAGAAGGGGCGCGCAGGACAGGGGCUGCUCGCGGGCAGCAGGGGCGCUCGGGGCAGGGGCUACUCGCGGGCAGCAGGGGCGCUCGGGGCAGGGGCUGCUCGCGGGCAGCAGUGGCGCUCGAGGCAGGGGCUGCUCGCAGGGAGCACGCCCGCGCGCGCCCUGCUGCCCAGCGCUAGCGCGCGCCCCGCUGCCCAGCGCCAGCGCGUGCCCCGCUGCCCCGUGCCCGCGCGUGCCCCGCUGCCCAGCGCCAGCGCACGCCCCGCUGCCCAGCGCCCGUGCGCGCCCUGCUGCCCUGUACUCGCGCGUGUCCCGCUGCCCAGCGCCCACACGCGCCCCGCUGCCCAGCGCCCGCGCGUGCCCUGCUUCCCUGUGCCCGUGGGCGCCCCGCUGCCCAGCGCCCACACGCCCCUGCCCUGCCCUGCUAGCGCUGCCCGCGCGCAAGUGCUGCUGCUGCAGCUGUCGCCCGCUGCUGGAGCUCCCGCCCGCACGCCGCCCUGCACCGUGCGCUGCCCGCGCGCGACUGCCCUGCCCUGCCUUGGGCGCCUGCCCUGCCUGCACGCUUGCAUGUGCACAGCGCGCUCUGCCCCGCCCUAG